AUGCUCAGCCAGCGCCAGCAAGGCCUUUUGCAGCAGCUGAGGCCGGAGCCCACGCGCCGUUUUCGGCUUCUCUGUGCUGCUGAGAAGGGCCUUGGAGGCGAGCUUAAGGCGAAGAAGACAGGUGCACGCAAGAAAGCUGAAAGUCGGAAGGAACGGGAAAAACAAAUUAGAGCUUCAAGGGCUAAUAUUGAUUUGGCCAAACAUCCCUGCAAUGCUUCAAUGGAAUGUGACAAAUGUCAAAGGCGACAGAAAAAUAGAGCUUUUUGCUACUUUUGCAACUCUACUCAAAAAUUACCCAUUUGUGCACACUGUGGAAAGACAAAAUGUAUGAUGAAAUCCUCAGACUGUGUCAUAAAACAUGCUGGAGUGUAUAGCACAGGGCUUGCAAUGGUGGGUGCAAUAUGUGAUUUCUGUGAAGCUUGGGUUUGCCAUGAGAAAUGUUUGAGCACCCAUGCCUGUAUCUGUCCUCUGGCUGAUGCAGAAUGCAUUGAAUGUGAGAGAGGUGUCUGGGAUCAUGGUGGCAGGAUAUUUUGCUGCUCCUUUUGCCAUAAUUUUCUUUGUGAGGAUGAUCAGUUUGAGCAUCAAGCCAGCUGCCAAGUUCUGGAAGCGGAAACCUUUAAAUGUGUUUCCUGCAAUCGACUGGGGCAGCAUUCAUGUCUCCGCUGUAAGGCAUGCUUCUGUGAUGAUCAUACACGCAGCAAGGUUUUCAAACAUGAAAAGGGAAGAGAGCCUCCGUGUCCAAAGUGUGGGCAUGAAACACAAGAAACCAAGGAUCUGAGCAUGUCAACUCGCUCUCUGAGAUUUGGCCGUCAGACAGGAGGCGAAGAAGCUGAUGGGGCUUCUGGUUACGAUGCCUAUUGGAAGAAUCUUUCAUCUGGCAGAGGUGUUGAUACCGGAGAUCAUGAUGAAGAAUAUGAUGAUUAUGAGGCAGAGGAUGAUGAAGAUGAUGAUAAUGAAGGAGGGAGAGAUUCAGAAUCAGAGGCAACUGAUAUGUUCAGCAAAAAUCGAGAAGAUCAGAGGCAACUGAUAUGUUCAGCACCUGAAUUAGGAGGACCUACGCUAGGCUAG